GGUGGAGGGACGAGGCGCACGCAAAGGCUCAUCUCGCCCUCCCGCCAUGGCAUCACCAGACGGAUCCAGUGGCGUAGGCGGCAGUCCCGAGGAGACAGAGCUCAGCAUCACCCUGACCCUCCGCAUGCUCAUGCACGGCAAGGAGAUUGGCAGCAUCAUUGGCAAGAAAGGAGAGACCGUUAAGAGGAUACGAGAGCAGAGCACUGCACGCAUCACCAUCUCGGAAGGGUCCUGCCCCGAGCGCAUCACCACCAUCACCGGCUCCACCGACGCCGUCUUCCGCGCUGUCUCCAUGAUCGCCUUCAAGCUGGAGGAGGACCUGGGAGCAGGGGGCGAUGGGGUGUCAGCAGGCAGAGCCCCGGUGACCCUGCGCCUUGUCAUCCCCGCCAGCCAGUGCGGCUCCCUCAUCGGCAAGGCAGGAGCCAAGAUCCGGGAGAUCCGGGAGAGCACAGGGGCACAGGUGCAGGUGGCUGGUGACUUGCUGCCCAACUCCACUGAACGGGCUGUCACGGUCUCGGGGGUGCCAGACACCAUCAUCCAGUGCGUGAGGCAGAUCUGCGCUGUCAUCCUGGAGUCGCCUCCGAAGGGGGCCACCAUACCCUACCACCCUGGUCUCUCCCUGGGCACCAUCCUGCUCUCUGCCAAUCAGGGCUUCUCCAUGCAGGGCCAGUACAGCGGGGUCUCUCCUGCAGAGGUGACGAAGCUGCAGCAGCUGUCAGGGCAUGCGCUUCCCUUCGCCCCCCUGGGCCAUGCACCCACCAUGGUGCCAGGUCUGGAUGCCAGCUCCCAGAGCAGCUCCCAGGAGUUCCUGGUGCCCAAUGAUCUCAUCGGCUGCAUCAUUGGCCGGCACGGCAGCAAGAUCAGCGAGAUCAGGCAGAUGUCAGGUGCCCACAUCAAGAUUGGCAACCAGACCGAGGGCUCCAGUGAGCGGCACGUGACCAUCACAGGGACCCCUGUCAGCAUCACCCUGGCUCAGUACCUCAUCACAGCCUGCUUAGAGACUGCUAAAUCUACCUCCCAGGUGCCACCAGGCCCUGGCUCCAUGGACCUCGGCAUGGGCUUCUCCCAGCCCCUCGCCCCAGGCUCCGGUGCGGCUCUUCCCGCCGUUGCCCCAGCGCCCCCGGCCCUGCUGGGCACCCCCUACGCCAUCUCCCUCUCCAACUUCAUCGGCCUCAAGCCCGUGUCCUUCCUGGCACUGUCCCCGUCCUCCGUGGCAGGUCCCAAUGGUGGCACCACCACCUACACGACCAAGAUCUCGGCGGCCAACGGCACCAAGAAAGCUGACCGGCAGAAGUUCUCGCCCUACUGA